AUGCAUUUUGUCUUCCUCGGGACGGCUCUGUCCUUGCUAUGCGUACUGGGCCAAGCUGCUCCCCCUAGCCCUAGCGUUGUCCACACGACGACUGCAAAUAGCGCGGGUCACACAACAACUGCAAAGUCCCCUAGGCCUUCCAAGCCUGCUCCUUCAUCUAUCCACCCUAAUGGAACCUCCAUUUCAUGGAAGAAUGUCAAGUGCACUUCCCAAAUCACCGAUGCGACACUGGACCCCACCGCCCGUUGGGAUGCAGCAGAUGCAGAUGAUGCCUUGAAAGCUGCUUUGGCUGCCUGGUCAGCUUCUGGUUCUUCCAGUGGCUUGAAGUUCCCCGAAUUCAUCAGCAAUUACUUUUCUGGACCAGACAACUGGAACUGUGGAGAUAUUGGCAACACUCCUUGCUCUACAGUGCUCACCUGUAACCAAGUCAAAUACCCUGCUGGGUAUCUGAUCAUGAACUCUUUUUCCUCCAUCCACCAGCUUCAUCAGCAGACCUAUAAUGCUCUUGGCGACGCUCUAAAUGCCAUGCAAAAUGAUAUUGGUACCUUUUCCAGCACGUUUUCGCCCCAAAAGCCGGACGAUAGUGAAAUAAUCAAGAUCAUCCUGGAUGCCUUAACCAUGGGUGCCAGCAUUGCGAGCUCUUAUGCUUGGAACAUUGUCGGGGUUCAAGCAUUAAAACAAAUUGCGACUCUUGCCACCUCGAAGUACUUCUCUAUGGGCAAAGAUGUAACGAACGCAGCUCUCAUCUCUUUCAGCACUGCGACAAGCAAAGACUCGCUGUCAUCGUCAAGGCUUACCAAAAAAAACAGCGCAAGCAAUGCAUUGGGUACUGAAAACAGCAUCUCGGAUGCACUUGGCACUUAUUUUUCAACCUGGACUGGCAUGGAGGGCGGGUAUAUGACAUCCCUCUUUAGUGGAGCAAGCGAUGACUCCUCCAUCGGUGGUCUUCAGGAACUGGUCGCCAAUGGUUCCAUGCUUCUGCUUUCAGAUCAGGUAGAGUUGACUGGGAUGACUGCCGAGGCAGAAAAGAUCCUUUAUGGGCAGCUGAUUCCAGCUGCCUGGGCAGUGGCUCCUACCAAACCAUAUCCUCGAAUUCUACGAAAUGCAGGUGGUUGUUCCACCUCCGUGAAUCAAGACCUUCUCAAGUGGAUUUCUGAAAGUACCAUGGUGGGAAGCUAUGUUUGCUACAAUAAUGAUGCUUACUAUGUCGUGAGCAUUAACUCUGAAUCUGGCCUGCCUUUUCAAACUCUCCCUGGUGGCACUCACUCGACACUCGACGGUACUGCUUACGGCGGUGUCACUCUAGAGGAUAUCGUGCAGAGUUCGUACCAGGCUUAUCAGUUGAACAAUAACGCAAAUGGCUAUAAAAUGCCAGAUCUGUCAAAGGCCAUUGAUGGGCAAGGAACGGAGGGUGACGUGAUCUUCCAGAACGGAAUCCGCACUCCUGGAUUCUUCAACUUGCCCAUCUGUGACAACAUCACAGCUGCAGCUGAAAAUUGGAUACAAGGGUUUUAUAGUGAUGAAUACUGGCCUUGUGAUGCGCCAGCUGGUUACAACUCUCGUGGAACCAACUUGGUCUUCAUGAUUGAUCUGACAGGGAAUCCUUUCCAAACAGAUAUUGCGGACCAAAACACAGGCAACAGUACUGCGACCAUCUAUGCAAAGUUCAACGGCGAUGACAAGACUGAUUACAAAGUCGUUCCUGGCUGCAAACUUGACGCUGUCUGGCCCCGGAAUUAUGGUGAUAUCUAUUUCGGAAACGAUAACUGCUUGUAUGACUCAACCGGUGCAAAGAUAUUCGACCAGUGUUGUGACGAGUCAACUACGGACUCGGUUUCGAACCCUUACUAUGGAAACUAA